AUGACAAUAACUAUGAUGCCGAAUGCCACUCUGAUUGAACUCCUAAGNACGGCGUUCCCGGCGCUUGACGUGCAGCCGCUGGCCAUGGACUUCUCGUCCACAUUACAACUACCGCCGUCCGUCGGGCAAGACCGCCGGCUGUUCUUUUAUCCGGGCUCGUCGUUCGGAAACUUCUCGCCGAUAGCGGCCGUCGAAUUCCUACGGACGUUGCGGCGCAAUUUGCGGGCCGACGACGGUGGCCUGCUGAUGGGAAUCGAUCUGGUAAAAGACAAGAUAGUGAUAGACCAGGCGUACAGCGAUUCGUUGGGAAUUACCGCGGCGUUUAACCGUAACGUGUUGCUAAACGUCAACCGGCUGAUCGACGCCGAUUUCGACGUGUCUGACUGGGAACACCGGGGAUUUUUCCACUUGGACAAGAGCCGUGUCGAAAUGCAUCUGGAGGCGAAACGCGACGUGACUGUUACAUGGCGCAGUCAACCAGACGGUUCUCGGCGGUUUAGAGCGGGUGAGCGCAUACACACGGAGAACAGUUACAAGUACACGACGGACAGCAUGUUCGCGCUGCUGGACCGGGCAGGGUUCGCCGUGUCUGAUUCGUGGUUCGAUCCACACAAAUGGUUCAUGGUUCUCUACGCCAAACCCGUUUGA